AAAUAUUCCAUUUGACAGUAAUGACAGAUAACAGUUGACGGAGUUAAAUUUUUGACUUUGUGGUUAUGGUAAAUUAAAUUGCUGAAGAUGAAUACCAUUUUGAAGAAAUCUAUCGAAUUACUUCCUUCAAAACUGUUUUUGAGAAACGGAACAGCUCUGAUUCAUACCAGUCAACAGAAUAAUGGUGCGAAAUGGUAUCCAGAUUCAGAAUGGAUGUCACAGUUUGACGGACCUGUCAUGUAUCCUGAUGAGGAAACUAAGCAUUGGGCUCUUCAACCAUGGAACGCCAAGAAAAUACCUGUGGAGAAAGCAGUGAAAAACAUGACCCUUAACUUUGGGCCCCAACAUCCUGCUGCUCAUGGGGUACUCCGACUAGUCUUGGAAUUAGACGGAGAGGUAGUGAAAAGGUCCGACCCCCAUAUUGGACUUCUACAUCGUGGUACAGAGAAACUUAUAGAAUAUAAGACCUACACACAAGCGUUACCAUAUUUUGACAGACUUGACUACGUUUCAAUGAUGUGCAACGAACAGUGUUAUAGUUUAGCAAUUGAAAAGUUGUUGAAUAUUGAUGUUCCAUUGAGAGCUAAAUAUAUCCGAGUAUUAUUUGCUGAAAUCACUAGAAUUUUGAAUCAUAUUAUGGGUAUUGGUACUCAUGCUCUGGACGUUGGUGCUUUGACUCCAUUCUUCUGGCUCUUUGAGGAACGUGAAAAACUCAUGGAAUUUUAUGAGAGAGUGUCAGGAGCUCGUAUGCAUGCUGCUUACGUUAGACCUGGAGGAGUUUCCCAAGAUAUACCAUUAGGUUUACUCGACGAUAUUUAUGAGUUCGCCUCCAAGUUUGGAGAAAGGAUUGAUGAAGUCGAAGACGUUCUGACAAACAACAGGAUAUGGGUGCAAAGAACGGAAAAUAUUGGCGUUAUCUCUGCUGAAGAUGCUUUGAAUUAUGGCUUCAGCGGAGUCAUGUUGAGGGGUUCUGGAAUCAAGUGGGACCUACGAAAGAAUCAACCUUACGAUGCCUACGACCUGGUUGAAUUCGAUGUACCUAUCGGAACACACGGUGAUUGCUAUGAUCGUUAUUUGUGUCGCUUGGAGGAAAUGAGGCAGUCUUUGAGAAUUAUUUAUCAAUGUCUCAAUCAAAUGCCACCUGGAGAAAUAAAAACAGAUGAUGCUAAAUUAACACCACCAAGUAGAGCUGAAAUGAAGAACACCAUUACAAUUAUUGUGUACAAUGUUUUCAAGUAUUUUCUACAAGAAUUCAAGAAAGGGUAAUCUUGAAACGCCAUCCAAUGAAAGUUUAGUUUCAUAUUUGAAAUCCAUAUAUUGUUACUUGUUUCAGAUGGGAGUUCCAAACCUUACAGAUGUAAAAUUAAAGCUCCCGGAUUUGCACAUUUAGCGGCUCUGGACAAACUAGGAAAGAAUUCUAUGUUGGCAGACAUUGUGGCUAUUAUUGGAACCCUGGAUGUUGUUUUUGGUGAAAUUGAUAGAUGAAUACAAUUUGAAUUUAAAUAGGCGCAAAAUGAUGUUCAAUAGAUCAUAAAUUUAAAUUAUCCAAUAAUUGUAAAUACAUUUCCUGUUUUAAAAACAUUA